CAGACACCAUUUUUUUUAUUACUUGAGACCAAGUUUUGAAGCAGUCUGCUUAUUGAAUGUGUCUUUCAUAUAACUUUAUGCAGACUUUGUCUCAUGAAUAUAUAUAUAUAUAUAUACAUAUUUCUUUUUGGUUGUUCUUUUCAAGAUUGAUCGAUGAUACAAACCAGAUUCUACUUCAAUCUGCUGUGUACAAAUAGGAGUAAAUUAAGCUUCAUUAUCCAAUACAACCUCUGCAAAAAAAAUGCUGAUCAUGAGCAAGAACCUACUCCCAUUUCUUGUCAUUUUAGCUUUCUCAUCAUGUAAAUCCAAGGCCCACCAGCAGUAUUCAGGUAAUUCGGUUAUGAACUGCAGCGAGUCCGAUGAAACGGGCCCAUCUCCGGCGUUUCUCUACAGCUGCAACGACGAAAGGCCUACUUGCAAGGCCUUGCUAAUGUUCAGAACCCAACCACCUUAUGACUCUGUAUCCUCCAUUGCCAACCUGACCUCCUCGGACCCUCAGGAGCUGGCUCGCCUCAACAAUGUCACGAGCUCUGAGGUCCUACCCCCGGACAGUGCUGUGUUCGUGCCUGCAACGUGCUCGUGCUUGGGGAAAUACUACCAGGCCAACGCCUCCUACGUCUACGAGUCCAGUGAUGACACCUACUUGACCAUUGCAAACCAGACCUAUCAAGGCCUCACUUCUUGUAAUGCACUCAAACGCGAGAACCCUUAUGGCGAAUUCGAGUUGCUCCCAUCAAUGAACCUCCGGGUGCCCCUCAGGUGUGCCUGCCCGAGUGAAGAACAGAUCUCGAGUGGCACUGAGUUUCUGCUCACAUUCUUGAUCACUUGGCAUGACUCUGUUGCUAGCAUUAGUGAAAAGUUGAAUGUGAGUGCCAAAAGUGUAGCUGCAGCUAAUGGAUUUGCUGUUGAGGAUCCAGACAUUUAUCCCUUCACAACUAUCUUGAUUCCCUUAAAAGCAGAACCUGAAGCUUCUAAGUUGAGAGGGUCUUUCUCUACAUCAUUUCAAUAUGAAGCAGUCCCUCACACGAAGUCGUUUAGAUGGCUUUCUGAAGGGGUAGGGGCCGGUGCUGCUCUGGCCGUCUUCUGCUUCCUUGCUCUCCUCGGAUUCUUGCAUUUUAGGAAAGUUAGUGCAGCUGGAGUCUCAUCAAGGGAGAUGAAGGACAGAUUGCCUGAGCACUUCCUAGAUAAGGUUGUUGGAAUAGGUGGGAGUUUGAAGAUAUACAAGUAUGAUGAGUUGGAUGCUGCAACAGACAGCUUCAGCCUGCAGAGGAGGCUGAGUGAGUCCAUCUACCGCGGAAUUCUUCAUGGGAAACGAGUAGCUGUGAAGAAGACAAGCACGGAUGUGUCGAAAGAGAUGAAGAUUCUUGGCAAUCUCAACCACUUCAACCUGAUCAACCUCUAUGGUGUGUGUGAGCAUCAUGAGGUUUUCUAUCUUGUUUAUGAGUACAUGGAGGAGGGCUCUCUCAAGAACUGGCUUUGUGGAGAGACGAGCAGCUUCGCCCACAGCUGGCACCACCGGUUUCUCAUUGCUCUGGACGUUGCCAAUGGGCUCGAUUAUCUGCACAACUUCACUUCCCCAGCCUAUGUGCACAAGGAUAUCAACAGCUACAAUAUCUUACUCAACCACCAACUCAGAGCAAAGAUCACAAAUUUCAGCCUAGCUAGAGAGAAUGGGAAGUCACAUAGCUGGUCUGCUUUUGGAGAAAAGGGCUACAUGGCACCGGAGUAUGCAAAGGCCGGGGAGGUCAGCCCUAAGAUAGAUGUGUACGCGUUUGGGGUGGUGCUGUUGGAGUUGAUCACCGGAAGAGAAGCCGUGCUGGUGCAGGAUGGUGAAGAAGCUCUUCUGUCCCAAGUAGUCAUCUCCGUUGUUGAUGGAACGGACACGACAGCUGAUGUUAACGACCUUGUUGAUCCUCGUCUCCAAGUGAAGCAUCCACUUGGCUUUGCCAUCGACCAGAGUGAGCUUGCACUGCGUCUGCUGAAGCUGUCUGUCGCGUGCUUGGCUCCACAACCUACCAGAAGAUUAAGCAUGGAUGAAGUUGUUAAAGCUCUCAUCAAAAUCCAGCCAGAUAUCUACAAUCCUCAAUCAUUUUCCAUUGAAUGA